AUGAGACGAAGAUCGUUGGAAAAUAACUCGCCGAGGCAAAGGAUUGAAGCGCACAAAACAGUGGACAGAAUGAGCAGUGUCAGAUUUCGGAAACAGUUAUCUUGAAAAAAAGAAACAGAAUGAGCAGUGUCAGAUUUCGGGAACAGUUAUCUUGAAAAAAAAACAGAAUGAGCAGUGUCAGAUUUCGGGAACAGUUAUCUUGAAAAAAAAAGAAUAGAUUUCGGGUUGCCAAAAAGUUAGGAAAAAAUCUUCAAGUUAAAGUUUUUUGAGAAUUUUAUUUCUCACGAAAAAAUUUUUUUUUGAAGUCCUAAUAAUAUUUCUGAUUUUUCUUCUUUGUAAGGUUUAAAAAGGAAAAGCAAGCUUUGAGAAGUUGGCUGCAACAAAACAAUUACGAAAAAGCUGAAACGUUUCGCGAGCUUCUGUCAACGCUAUCCUUUUCAUUUUGCUCGUUCAUCAUCAAUUUUCCAGUCUCGACGGUCAUCUUUAUCUCCAACCCCGAUGCCUUCCUUGCUAUUGAGGGCCAGCCCGUCACAUUUCGUCGACACGAUCGAUAUUGAUGUGAAUUUCAACAAAAUAGAUAUAAUUUUUUUAAAAUUAUUACUGGGGUUUUAAAGGAGCAUGGGCAAUUUUGAUUCUGGCUUCAAGGCCAAAAACUGUUUUUAGUGAAUUUAGUUCACGAGAAAAUCUGCGCCUGAACUGAGAAAACUCUAGGGACCACUCAAGAGGUUCCUCAAGGACAACUGGCAGAGGACACUAUAGCGGCCACUGAAACCACUUCUAGAGAUGCCACUGAUUCGCGUCUUUGUUGCCCAUUAUAGUAGUUUUUAGUGGUCUAGUAAACCAGCUUCCAAAGAGUUCACUGAAUUUUCGCCCCUUGGAGACUACUAAUUAGGAUACUCUAGAGACCACUUAAAGGUCAAAACCCUACAAAAAUUUUUCCCACCAAAAACCUCAGCUAGAGUUUUUUGACGGUAAGAUAUUUUGAUUUCCAGGACGACGAAACUGAGUUUGAACAGCGGAGAUUGACGAGGAAGAAAAGGAAACGAGAUGAAUUUGAGUUUUCCCAUGGAACUGUUCAUAAGAGACCGAAUAAUCCGUUUCGAACGCCACCUGGCACUGACGUUUUGUCAGUUUUCAAGAAAAAACCAGAAAUUCACUUUUUUUUCCCUUUCAGAAAGUCACGAGGGAAUUUCCUGCCGGAAAGUGUUCAAAGUAUGAAAAGUCCUCGCAAUUCGCUUGCAUCGCCGAAUGAGAGGAAAAUAACUGGAAUGCUCACUGCGAGGUUGAUUUUUUUCUUUUCUGAAUGAAAAUUUAUAUUAACUUUUCAGGCUUUCCCCGAGCCCUGUCAGUAGAGAUAAUCAUGUCAGAAUCGACGAUUUCGAGGAUUUUUAG